UCAAACUCGUUCCACAGAGGGCUGACUGUCUGCAGGUUUUCGCUCCACCCUUGUACUUGAAUUAAGGUCACUAAUUAGUAAGGAAAUCCCCUCACCUGGUAGUCUAGGUCUUGAUUGAAAUGAAAAACGCUUCGGCUCGCGGUGGUGAGUUUGACCCUCCGAGACUAAGAGGUGCGUUUGCGCCAUUUGGAUGGUGUCUGGAAGCAAUGAGUGACUUAUUUAACGGGCAGCGGUGCAUUUUGAAUCCACAACCCAUCCCCUCUAUUUUUUAACUGGUCGUUCAGAACAGCACCGUUUACGUUCCCUUACGUUUUUUUUCGUACUGAACGCAGCCCAGUGCAUGGCGUGGAGCCUACUGGAGAGGAAAAGCUUCCUGUCAACAGCCUCACCCAGUCAUACCAGAGGGCGUAGAAGAGGGGAUGGCAGAAAACAGCUCCGAUACUUGUGGUUCCGUUUAUCGGAGGUGUUUGACUCAUUCUACCGGGGAAAAAACCCAGUCAACCAGUAACGGGGUAUCCAAAUGGGUUCGCUUGAACGUGGGGGGAACGUAUUUCUUAACAACACGACAGACGCUGUGCCGAGAUCCGAAAUCAUUUCUGUACCGACUGAGCCAGGCUGACCCCGAACUCGACUCUGAUAAGGAUGACACUGGUGCCUAUCUCAUAGACAGAGACCCCACAUACUUUGGGCCGGUACUGAACUACUUGAGGCAUGGCAAGCUGGUGCUCAACAGGGAGCUGGCAGAGGAAGGUGUCCUGGAGGAAGCCGAAUUCUACAAUAUCACAUCACUAAUAAAGCUCCUCAAGGACAAGAUCAGGGAACGAGACUGCAAAACAUCACAGGCUCCAGUGAAACAUGUGUACCGGGUGCUGCAGUGCCAGGAGGAGGAGCUCACCCAGAUGGUGUCCACCAUGUCAGACGGCUGGAAGUUUGAGCAGCUUGUCAGUAUAGGUUACGGGCGGGCCCAGCAGUCAGAGUUUCUGCUGAUUGUGUCAAGGGAGGUGAAGGGGGAGGAGUCUACUUUCCCAAGCCACAGCGGAGAGCUGGUCAGCAUUGGAUCCUCUUAUAACUACGGAAACGAGGACCAAUCUGAGUUCCUUUGUGUAGUCUCCAAGGAGCUGCACAACCAAUCAUAUGGCCCAAACAGUGAGCCCAGUGAGAAAGCCAAGAGCGAGGACGAAGAGACGGAUUAUGAAAUGAAUGACUCUGAUUAGGGUUGAGCACUUAUGACUCAACGAUUCUUCAGGAGAGGGGAUCCAGGAUGUGAAUGAUCAGUAUUACAAGCACCAGGUAUAGAGUACAAUCGUAUGAGUCAUAAUACCCAUAAAACCUAGCAGUCAAACAGGGUAAUGGUUACAAUUGUUUUUCCACCAAUCAUUUUUCCCAUAGGGGAUUUUAGAAACACUUAAAAUAAGGGCUGUGUUUUGUGUAGGCUUACCUUGGGGUGAUGUUUUGAUAACUGUGUAAAUCUCUCUAGGACAAGAUUACUUAUCAAUAUAUUUACCCACGAAAAAAUGUAAAUCUAACCACUAAUGUGGCUAUCAUAAAGAAAAACAAAUACGAUGGUGAUCUGGAUGAGACUGCUGAAUCGAGGCAAAGGUAAGAGUCUGGAUUAACUAUCUAAUGAUAGCUGAAUGUAGUAAUAAAUUGGGAAAAUUUCUUAAACUUGACUAUUCUGUGAACUGUCUUGUGCAAGUUUUAAAUUGACACAAUACUUGUUUAGCAAAGGUUUUCAGCUAGAAAUGACAUGCAGGAGCUUGUAGGGAUUUGUAGUCUUGCAUGAUGUCUACUCUGAUGCUAAUUAGCAUUUUUGAAUAUGAGGGGAAAUAGAAGCGACUAUCUUGAUAAGUCACCUUGUCCGAGAGGGAUUUACAUGGUUAUCAAAACAUCACAUCAAGCCUAAACAAAACACGGCCCUUUUAUUUUAAGUGUUUCUAAAAUCACCUAUGGGGAAAAAUGAUUAGUGUGAAAACGAUUUGAAACCAUUUCCCUGUUUAACCGCCAGGUUUUCUGGGUAUUACGACACCUCCACUGUGGGGCUCUAUAACGAUGCAAACAUAUCCUUGACAAGGAAGAACCCGUCACACAACGGAUAAGACUGUUAAGAGGGACGUACAUUUGUUUGUGUUUUUCCUCCAUUUUAUUUUAUAAUGUAAAUAAGUCUAGAGACUGUGUGCAUGUAAGGUUAAACUGGACCAUUUUUGAAUUAGUGGCAAAUUUCUUCUAACUAAAAGUGAUGAAUUAUAAUGUUUUAUGCUAUAAAACAUAGCCAUGGUCAUACACGGCCAAUGAUUCACUCAGGGGCUACUUUUGAGUUUCUGUUACCUUCUCACUCCAGGAUCUUGUAAGGGUUUAUGAUGAUCAAUCUCUUAUCAAGCAUAAACUGCUAAAACCUGUACUGUCAGUAGUAGUAGAAGGUAGUUAAGCAUACUUAUUGAGAAAUUGGUCGCAAAAGAGACAGGGAUUCUUCAUUUUGUUUUCAAACGAGUUUAAUGCUUCCUUUUCUGGUGUGUCCUCUGUAUUUUAAAUGGGACUUUCUGUUUAAAGCGUUUAUUUAGGGGUUUAAGAUAUUUUUGAGAAGGUUGGGGUUUGCUAAUGUUUUGAAGGUAACGGUGAAGGAAUAUAUGUUAAUAUCCUUAGGGUUGUUGAUGUGCAUAAUCUAAAAAGUCAAUUUAAUAUUUAACUGUUAAACUGCACGUUUUGUACACUGUAUAGUUAAACACAACUUCAAAUGUAAGUUGUUGUACUGGAUCAUAGCUAGAAAGUCUUGACAAUUUUAAAUUGAUAACUUGAGUUUUGCAAUGUUUGUACAUGGGUCUCUGCAUAUUAAGACUUGUAAAUCAAG